GUUCCUGAUUUAUAAAACUAUGGGUCGUUUCUACACUUAAUUUCACCGCAUCCCGCUGCACUCUAGCAAUGCGAACAGCGGGGCGGUCGCUUUGUAAUCAUGUUUUCGACGCUACUUGAAAGCUUAAAGGCUUGAGAUUGCUUGAAACAGCUUAGUAAAGGCUGUAGAUCUCAUGGAGAUUGUACGACAUGCUCGCGCCACGCCAUUGAGGACCAAUCUGCUUCCAGGACUAUCGGGUUCAGACCUGACAUCAGUGGCAUAUCACGGACUAUCACCGAACGAUUCUGAUGUUAUAUUCGGCAUGAUAGAAAAUCAAACGAAGCCUCUUCAAAGUAUAAGUUUGUCGUUUCUUCUCUAGUCCUCACAUUGUUCAACAACAUAGCACAUUUCCAUUCCGUCAUGUCAUCAGCAAUUCCCAAUGGUUCUCUCGUUCUUGUCACUGGAGUCAAUGGCUACAUUGGUUCUCACAUUGCAGACCAAUUGCUUGAGGCUGGAUAUCGUGUACGCGGAACGACUCGAAAUCUGGAGAAAGUAAAAGGUCUCCGUGCUUUGUGGGAGGAGAAGCAUGGCACAAAUAAAGUCGAAUUCGUCGUUGUGCCAGACAUGUCGACCCCAAGGGCUUUUGACGAUGCAAUCAAAGGUGUUUCUGGAAUCGCUCACGUGGCCUCGGACGUGUCUUUCAACUCGGAUCCCCACAAAGUCAUCCCAGUUGUCGUAGAUGGCAUCAACAGCAUUCUCAAAGCGGCAGCCAAUGAACCCAGCGUCAAGCGCUUCGUCUACACAUCCUCUUCGGCCGCCGCCUCAGCCGCCAUUCCGAACAAGGAAUUCACAAUCGACUCAAGUACAUGGAACGACGUGCAAGUGAAAGAAGCUUGGGCUCCACCACCAUAUGAACCCGAGAGAGCUUUCGUCGUGUAUUCCGCCAGCAAGACCGAAGGAGAGCAAGCUUUGUGGAAGUUUGUGAAAGACCAGAAGCCUGGAUUUGUAACUAACUCGAUUCUGCCAAAUCUCAAUCUUGGCAAGAUUCUGGUAAAGGGUCAACCUGCCUCGACAUGCGGGUGGCUUGUUGCUCUGUACAAUGGCGACAUUGGGCCAUUGAAGGACUUCCCUCCUCAAUAUUUCGUUGAUGUCCAAGACUGCGCAAGACUUCAUGUCUCAGCACUCACCAACCCCGACGUCAAGAAUGAACGUCUAUUCGCUUACGCCUCACCUUACACUAACAAUCUACUCUUGAGAAUCCUCCGUAAGCUGCGACCCGACCGGAAACUUCCUGAGGAGUGGACAGACGAGAAUGUUCGAGAUAUGUCUACCGUCAAGAACGAGCGCUCAAUUGAGCUCCUCAAGAAAGACUGGGGACAAGAAGGCUUCACGAGCAUUGAACAGUCGAUCAAGAACUGUAUUGAUAAUUUGUGAGGUCUAGUCUUGCAAGGAUAAUUAAUAUACUUUAUAUUUCGACAUCAAGGUUUCGACCACGAAUUCCAUCAAAAUUAUUCAUUUCCUAGUUCUUCAGCGCAUAUCCUUGUAGAAAUACACAGCAGUCUUCAAGCUCCCAUCAAGUGGUGAG